CACCCUAAAUGGCACGAAGAGAAGUCCCAUGAUACCGCAGUAACCAUGCCAUACCAUACAUGCAUACCUACUACUUCCAUGCAGAGUGACAUUCUAUGGCCGGCGAAGCAAAAACGGAGAUCAAAACUAAUGCAGUUUAGCAUUCUUGGAUUUUAAAAGGAGUCUCGUUAUCAAUUAAUCCCUACCAUGCUGCUGCUACUGCUGUCAUGCCGCAGCCAUGAGGGCUUGUAUCAUACAUUCUGGGACAACAGACAGAAAACAUACGUUUCUCUCUCUGCCACCAUAAAUACUCCUAUCCCCUCCUCUGUGUUCCCAUUUCUACUCCUCUUCCUUCCUUCUUCUCUUAUUGUAUCAUCCAUUUGUUCUUUAAUACACAACCUCAUUAAACACCGUCACAAUGGUCAACGUUCCCAACAUCAAGCUCAACAGCGGCUUCGACAUGCCCCAGAUUGGCUUCGGCCUCUGGAAGGUCGACGACAACUGCGCCGAGGUUGUCUACAACGCUAUCAAGGCUGGUUACCGUCUGCUCGAUGGCGCUUGCGACUACGGCAACGAGAAGGCUUGUGGUGAGGGUGUCGCCCGCGCCAUCAAGGAGGGUAUCGUGAAGCGAGAGGACCUCUUCAUUGUCUCCAAGCUCUGGCAGACUUACCACGACAAGAAGAACGUCGAGCCCAUCACCCGCCGUCAGCUCGCCGACUGGCAGAUUGACUACUUUGACCUUUUCCUCAUCCACUUCCCCGUCGCUCUCGAAUACGUCGACCCCGAGGUCCGCUACCCCCCUGGUUGGCACUACGAUGACGCCGGCACCGAGAUUCGCUGGAGCAAGGCCACCAACCAGGAGACCUGGGAGGGCAUGGAGGACCUCGUUGAGAAGGGUCUCGCCAAGUCCAUUGGUAUCUCCAACUUCCAGGCCCAGGGCAUCUACGACAUGCUCAAGUACGCUAAGAUCCGUCCUGCUACCCUCCAGGUCGAGCUUCACCCUUACCACCAGCAGUCUGAGCUUGUCAGCCUCGCCAAGGCUGAGGGCAUCGCUCUUACUGCCUACUCCUCUUUCGGUCCUACCGGCUUCAUUGAGCUCGACAUGGACAUUGCCAAGUCUGCCUCUCCUCUCAUGCAGCACGAGGUCUUCACCACCCUCGCCAGCAAGUACAACAAGACUUCCGCCCAGGUCCUUCUCCGAUGGGCUACUCAGCAGGGUCUUGCAGUCAUCCCCAAGAGCACCACUCCCCAGUACAUGGCCCAGAACUUUGACUGCUUCGAAUGGAGCAUCGAUGAGGAGGACAUGAAGCGCAUCUCCAAGAUGAACCUCAACCUCAAGUUCAACAAGCCCACCAACUACUUCCCCACCGAGAAGCUCUGGAUCUUCGGUUAAAUAAUGAUAUGACAUUUGAUGAGUAAAAAGAAAGAAGCAUAGGAACAUGACUGUUUUUGGGAUAUCAGGCGUUAAAUGACGAUGGGCUGCAUUUUGUAGAACCGCUCUCAUAGAAUACAAAAGACAGUUAACCCUUCCAC